CAAAAGCACGAGAGAACAGGUGCAUGAUCCUCUUAUAAUGAAUGAAAUUCUUGGUUUUUAAUCUGAACCAGGUAUUUUUUGUGCUUUGCUGAUGUCUUUAGAGAAGAUGGGUUUGCUGUGGGGUAUUGUAUCAACAGAAUAUAUAAUGUAGUACAAGAUAUCAUGAAGAGGUAGAAUGAAUUUGCCAGCAAAGCGCCGUGGCCUUUCACCUGAGGGACGUCAGAUCAGAGAGCGACAUCAGGGAUCACUCACGAUUGGGCUCCAGGGCAUCACAGUACAUCCAACAGAGCGCAGUCGAAACCAACGUGAUUUCCUGCAAGACAAUGUCAGACGGCUGCAUGAGAUACAAGCUAGAUGUAGGGAUAGAGAAAAUAGCAGAAAACCGCAGCCUCUAAGGGCGACAAGAGAGAGCUCAGCAAGUACCACUUCUUCGCUAAAGCAGGUGGAGUGCUUGGCCCCAAUCCGCAAUGGUUCAGCAAAGCUUGGAAGACGAAGCCCAGGUUCGGAGUGUGAGGGAAGUGCACACUCAGACUACUUCUCACUAACCGAUGACCAGAUUGAGACUGCGGCAGCACAGCUCAGUGCCCGUCUCCACAAUGGGGUGCAUCUGCCAGACAGCAUUGAGAAGGGAGAUGGGAGACAUAUGCAGGAAAAUGGUUUUGGGCAUCAGAGCAGAAGUUCAAGUGCCCUGUCCCAGUCGCUUCCAAUGCCCACCAACAAUUCACUACUGAGGGAUGCCCCACCCAGACUGGCAAGAUCAGGGAGUCCUGUGAUGCUGAGGCCCAUCUCAUCAGCUCGACAUGCCCCUGUUUCCCCCCGGCCCGUCAGUGCAGCUCAUCGCCAGAAUUCUGGGGCUGGGUUGGAACUCCUCUCAGGAUGUGAGUUGAACCAUGGAAUGAGGAGGAUGCGGAUGGAUAAUUUGCUCUCAAAGACAAGGAACCAAAAGCCAGCAUGUGAGCUGGACUACAAUACACAUUAUAGAAAUAUAGAAAAUCAGCACAAGUUAUUACUCGAUAACUCAGACAUGCUUAGUCUCUAUGGCUAUGGUGAGGGAAGUAAUGGCACAGACACACAAAGAUCUGCAACAAGGACAGCCUUGAACACUGCAGGAAGUGGUUCCAAAACAUCAAAAUUGGUGCGUGCUCGUAGUUUUGAUAGAGAUGCCCUUUCCAGGAAAAGUGCAGCAGGGGGACAAACAGAAAAGUCAGCAAAAUCUUCCACAAAGUCAGAUCAAAGGGCAAUCAGCUCACCAUCUCCACAACUGAAGAAACGCUUCUCAAAAUCCAUUGGUAAUCUGUCCCAUGCCGCCCCAUCCUCAAAUUCAGGGCAGAGUGGUCAGAGUCGUAGUGGCAGUCCGAGCAAAAUGAGAAGUGAAUCUGGUAAUUACAGUGUCAGGCAGUCAGAGCAAUCUCCACCAAGCCGUGUUUUGUCAAGUGUUCAAAGCAUCCAGCGAAGCAAGAGCAACUUGGACUCACCUAGAACAUUUGAAGCUUCCACUGAUGGUGCAAGUGAAGUUCCACCAUUAGAUAAUAGUUCAGACCUUGUUAGCCAGUACUUAGAAAACGAAUCAAGAAUUAAGUCUGCAGCCACAAGUGCGAUACUCAACAGAACAGCUUCAAGUGGUGCGCUGAACCUCAAUUCAACCAUGACAUCAGACUGCAACUUCAACAUCAGUGAACCAGACCAGUCUGUGUCUUGCAAUUCUGCAAUGGAGAAUCUCCACCUGGACUUGCGACCUGAUAGCCAAGUUGAUGGUGAUAUGAGGAUACAGAACAACAACCCAAGUAGUCAGAUGGAAGAGUCUACCUAUGAAUACCAUCCAGAGGUCUAUAUGAAGCCUUACAAUGACAUAGUUGAGAAUGACCAUGUGAGUGAAGCUGUGUUUCCACAGGAGGAAGCCAAAUCUUCCACGCCAGUGCCAAAUGAGCCCCAAGAUUUGCCUAGUGUUAGUUCUAUACCAAAGCUUUUGAAGCCGAAAAGAGAGCAGCAUGGUCAGCCGUCAAGUCCAUCAACUUUACGAAGAUCUCAGUCCAUGAAGAACAUUCGCCAGCGACAGGGAGAGCCUCCUUCAAGUUACAAGAGAGGGAAAUUGCCCAAAUAUCUCUUAGCCCGGAAAGAGGAGGAGAAGAGGUUAGCUGAGAUUGCUCGGUCGGUCGACCCAGAGUGUCCGCCUGGCCAUGCUCCACUUCCUGACCAUGAGCGGCGCAACACCCUCCACCUGCUACGCAAGAGUCAAGCAGAGGUAAUGCGUGAGCUCUCCUCCCUGCCUGUGGCCCAAGACACUCUUAGGGUGAAGAAAAGGAGACAAGAUCUAGAAGACAAACUUAUGCAGAUUGAAGAUGGUCUGCGCAUCUUUUCACAGCCGAAAGUGUAUGUUAUGAAUGAUGACUGAGAAGAGGAAAAAAGAAUGUGCAUUAUAAUAACAUGAGUAAGUUUGUUUUAGUCAGGAAUAGAGUGAGUAUCAGUGAGUAAAAGCGUGCAAGCUUACGAGUAAUGUUUUCCUGCCAAGCUGUGUCUUUUGAUUCACACUAUUCAGGUAUGUUAAGUGUCUUGUGAAUAAUCUGUCUGGAUAUUUUGAAUACAGGAUUUAUAAUGUGUCCAUCAUCCUUUUUAUUAAUGUAUCACCAUUAAUAUAGCAUCAUCCAUCCCUUUUAUUUACUUUAAAGAGGUAUGCAUAAUCAGCAAUUAUGAUUUUAUCAUGAGGAUAAGUGAUCUAUUCUAUUCAGUUAUUAUGUGAGCAGUAUUAAAAAGGAUAUUUGAAUUACUAAUAAGAAAAUUAUAUGAAAGUUUUCUGUUGAUCAUGAACUUUUCAAAAGAUAUGGUCUUAAAUCAUUUUUUGUUAAAGAGGAAAAAUAAAUUUCCUAUUUUGUCAUAUUGAAUAGGUGAAGGGUCACAGGUUAAAAGGGUUAUCGUGUAUAUGUGCCUUUUGUAUGAAGGAAGUGGUUGCUUAACUAAUACUGAUGUGCCAUAUUUACUAAUAUAUACUUGGGGAAGUGGCAUUUUAAAUGGAUUAAAAAAGAAAAAAAAUCUGAAAAAAAUACAUGGUAAUCCAUUGACACUGAGAGCAUGUAUGUAUGUACUAUGGUUUUGUUUUACUAGUUUUGUUUGCAUAUAGAUGGCUUCAGAUGUGCUCUGCCACCAAGAUUUAUAUUUUUUCUGAAAAUUGAAGGAACAAGGCAAAAAUAUGUGAUCAGGUAGGUAUUCAUCUUGGCAACUAGGUGCUUGUGAAGCCAUAUAUAUGUAAACAAAAUGAAAAAUGUACUCAUUGUCAAAAGUUAAAGGUCUUAUACCAUUCAUGGCAUGUACCUCUAAAGAAACUUCAAAGACUGAUUUGUACUUUUUUUCUUGUACAGGUCAGGUACCUCUAAAUUCACAUAUACCCUAAAAACAACCAAAAUAGUAUGUGUGGAAAAAAGGAAAUUGUGAGAAAAUGGGAGCUGGAUUUGCAGUAACAGUUCAUUGAAAAUCAUUCAUUGUGUGCUAUUACUGAGUACUCUUUGUAUUUCAGUAGCCAAGCAAUGCAUGCCCAAGAUAUAAGCAAUUCAGUUUUGCAUCUCAUUCUCCCUUGGAAGGGCUAGAAUACCUGCUCAUUUGGUGACUGCCUUGGUCCCCAGCCAUGCAUGCUACCCCUAGAACCUAAGUGGUCAUCUUAGAACCGAGAGUGGAUAUAUCAUGAAAGGGAGACCUAGAUGCACAAAGGAAUCUGCUUAAUUAUUGAAGCAAGUUUUUUCCAGUAAAUGUUGAACAAUGCAAAAGCAACUUUUGAAGGAAAUUUAAGGUGAUAGUUCUCCUCAGUAUUGAAAUCAUGAUAAAUUCAGUAAAUAAAAAAAAGACAUUAAAAUUACGGAAAGAAAUUAAAAUGAUCCUAAUUGGCUGUGGACAUUUGGUAAUUAUAUACCAAUGUUAGUAAACUUAAUAAGUAACAGGAGGAAAAGGUUAGAAAAGUUUUUCAUAUCAAGCUUGGAUGGGGUAUUUAUGUAUGUUGUUAUGUUACAGCUUUGUAGAGAAAAAACAAGUCAUAGUUUGAGGGAGGAAGCUUACUGCUUUUAUGUAUAAACAGAAGGUCCUCACCAUUAUUAUGUGAUUUUAUGGCAGUGAUUCCUUUUUCAUUGUCAUCUUUUUCUAAUAUCUAAAUUUUUAUUUAUUAUUUCUAAUAUCUACAUUUUUAUUUAUUAUUAAAGUAUUAACAAGACUCGUAUACCUGUGAAUUUCAUUGAUUUUUUUGUGGAAAACUUGUGAAAGGAGAAAGAAUAUUUUAACUUUUAAGGGAAGUCAGUAAAAGAUGGUUUCUUCUACAGGUUUAGUUUAUUAUAUAUUUAUUUUCUAAAUCAUUAUGAUCAAGAAGAAAUCAACUGUGGUGUAGAGCAACAUCCAGAUUCACAGUAAAUAGGUUGCAUUUUCAUCCAACAUGUUUCCAUGAUGUAUCAAAGGUACACAUUUCUGGGUAAGGUGAAUGCAUUUUGUGCCUCACGUCUGAUUAUAAAGUGUUAGGUCUGCAUAUGCCUUUUGUAUAUUUCUUAGUUAUAGAACUACAUCUAUGCAAUGUUUUCAUAAAAGAUGCAUUAUUUUGUUUCAGAACAAGGGAAAGGAAGGGUAAGCAUUAAGUUAUGGCUUUAAUUUAGUAAUGAAAAAUAAUAAAAAAGAGAAAUGGGAGCAGUAAAUAACCUGUAUAUAAUAAUUUGUAUGAUAUACUCUGCCAAAAUUUAUAAGUAUUUUAUAAAUUGUUUUACCUGACACAGUCUGCUGCAUGGCAGGUUAAUUUUAACCCUUUCAUGGAGAGCUGCCUCUGCUAUAUUGGAUGUAUUAUUGAAUAUAUUACUGGGAGCAUUAAUUAGAAAUAAGAAAUAAAGAAGACUUUAUUUUUAAAGGGCAGAUCAUAUUGAACCCAUUUCUAAAACUUUCAAUGUAUAUCACUUUUUCCCCUAUUUUAUGUUUGAUUAAUUUUAACAUAAACAUUUGAUAGCACUUUUGCAUGCAACCCAUGGCAGGGUUAAGGGUAUUAUGGGAACAACUAUCAUUUAAGUCCGGUAAUGUGCCAGAACUGAUGAAUUUCAACUAGUUUUGUGGUAUAAGAGUUUCAGAGAAGCUGUAAAGGAGGUUUUGUAGAAAAAUAGAGUUAAUUUUGUUAACAUUUUUUUUAUGGAAAUAUGUUAGUGCAUAUUUUCUUGGAAGAUCUUCAGGUAAAAAGCCAUUUGUGACUUUCAUUGUUUUUUAAUUUUUGGAAGUGUGUGGUUUACUGUGUUACAACUGAAUAUAAAGAUAAUAGUGACUUUCCACUGCAAGGUGUUAAAAUAUGAAGAGAGAGUGUUUUAUGUUUUGAGAGAGAAGUAAAUAAAUGAUAUAUGACAUUGGUA